GUCAAUGAAAAGACAAUAUUUAAACACAACUAUUUUCGAAAAACUAAAUUUUAAAAUUCAUCUUUUCGGGAAAUCCAAAUUUUAGCCCAAGGUAUACUUACAAUUUGCCAUGGAUGACUUUGAUUUCAGUAGUCCACCUCCGGAGGUACGAACAGUUCAUACCCACACGCUGAAUGAUGAACAGCUCAAGGAUUGUGAGGCGGCCUUCGCCCUCUUCGACGACGAUAAUGCCAAGGUCAUUCCGAUCAAGUUAUUGAGAGAUUGCCUGCGAGCCGUGGCCCACAACCCGCCGGAAAACGAGAUACAGGAUUAUAUAACCGAAAUUGAUACGGAUGGAUCCGGCGAGCUUUAUCUCAGUGAUUUCCUAUACAUCAUGUCGAAACGGUACGAGAAUUUGACCGUCGAAGAUGAAGUUAUCCUCGCUUUCAAAGUCUUCGACAAAGAUGGAUCUGGCUUUAUACACGAGAAUGAGUUCCGUCAGAUAAUGACUGAAUAUGGCGAUGAAAUGGAAGAGGACGAGAUCGAGGAAAUGAUACGUGAUGCCGACGCCAACACGGAACUGAAAAUCGACUACGUUCGCUUUGUGACCAUGAUGAUGGAGACGUAACACUCUCUUUGAAAAAUAAAAAACAUAACCGAUUGUAGAUCUAAUCAAUAAAUUUCAAAAGCAUGGCCAAUGG